CAUGCGCCAUGACAGUAUGACUUUAUAGCAUUUAUGACUGAUUCACACCCUCCUCAUCCUUUUCCUGUCCUCUGGAUGAAGACUAGAGGAGCAGGGAGGGGGGACGCUGUGUAGUAGGAGGGAGGAAGGAAGGAAGGAAGGAAGGAAGGAGGCAGGGCGCAGCCUUGCUACGUCAUCAGCCAUCAGGACGUCGCUGCUGCUUCCAGUCCUGUGAGGGUGAGAGCGGAGCGAAGAGGCUGACAUUGACGACUGCAGUCCAAACAGGAAUUGGAAAGGUUUUGGCGUUGGGCUGGUCGAGCAUCAGCGUUAAGGUUGCAGCGUGUCGGGAGCUCUCCGUGGUGCUGACUCCAGCAUCCUCCAGGCCUCCGCGUCAAACACUCAUGCACUCGGGCCGCUCCUGAUACCCCCGAACAGCAAAACCCGACCGCCACCUCCUCCGCAUCCAAGAUGGACGACGACGGACGCUACCGGGACAACCGCUCAGACUUCAUCCGCGGCGCCAAGGACAUCGCCAAGGUGGCCAAGAAGCAGGUGGGCAAGAAGGUGGGGCGCGGCGUGGACAAAAUGGCCGACGAGUACACCCGCCGUUCCUACAAGCGCUUCGAGGAGGAGGACGACGACGACGACUACGCCGGCGUGCCGGGCAACGACGGCGGCUACUACCGCAAUGACAGCCGCGCCAACGACGACGAAGGCCACAGCGACUCCACCGAGGGCCACGACGAGGACGACGAGAUCUACGAGGGCGAGUACCAGGGCAUCCCGCGGGGGGACUCCUCGGGAAAAGCCGGCGGCCUGGACGGGGUGACGGCGGCGCAGGCGCAGCAGUUCCGGGACCUGUCGGCGUACGAGGGCGAGCGGCGAAAAGAUCAGGAGGAGCUGGCUCAGCAGUACGAGACCAUCCUGCAGGAGUGCGGACACGGGAAGUUCCAGUGGACGCUCUACUUCGUCUUGGGGCUGGCGCUCAUGGCCGACGGCGUGGAGAUCUUCGUGGUCGGCUUCGUGUUGCCCAGCGCCGAGAAGGACAUGUGUCUGUCGGAGCCCAACAAGGGCAUGCUGGGUCUGAUCGUGUACCUGGGAAUGAUGGUGGGGGCCUUCGUGUGGGGCGGCCUGGCAGACCGUAUCGGCCGGCGGCAGACGCUGCUCAUCUCUCUCUCCAUCAACAGCGUUUUCGCCUUCUUCUCGUCCUUCGUCCAGGGUUACAGCUCCUUCCUCUUCUGCCGCCUGGCCUCUGGUGUUGGUAUCGGGGGCUCCAUCCCUAUAGUCUUCUCCUACUAUUCUGAGUUCCUGGCUCAGGAGAAGCGAGGAGAACAUCUCAGCUGGCUCUGCAUGUUCUGGAUGAUUGGCGGCAUCUACGCCUCGGCCAUGGCCUGGGCCAUCAUCCCUCACUACGGCUGGAGUUUCCAGAUGGGCUCCGCCUACCAGUUCCACAGCUGGCGCGUCUUCGUGUUGGUGUGCGCCUUCCCCUCGGUGGCGGCCAUCUCAGCCCUAAGCACCAUGCCUGAGAGCCCCCGCUUCUACCUGGAGAAUGGGAAGCACGACGAGGCCUGGAUGAUUCUGAAGCAGGUCCAUGACACUAACAUGAGGGCCAAAGGUUACCCAGAGAGGGUUUUCUCUGUGACCACCAUCAAAACCGUGAAGCAGAUGGACGAGCUGGUCAACCUGGGUGACGGCGCCGCCUGGCAUGAGAAAUGGAGGAUAAAGCUCACCUCGCUUUUUCAUCAGGUGUGGAGCAAUUUCCAGACUGUUUUCUCACCUGAGUACCGUCGCACCACUUACAUGAUGAUGGCCGUCUGGUUCUCUAUGUCCUUCAGCUACUACGGUCUGACCGUGUGGUUCCCCGACAUGAUCAAGUAUCUUCAGAAGCAGGAGUACUCAUCACGCACCAAAGUCUUCGUCAAGGAGAAAGUGGAACAUGUCACCUUCAACUUCACCCUGGAGAACCAGGUCCACCGCCAGGGAGAGUACUUCAAUGACAAGUUCAUGAACCUGAAAAUGAAAUCCAUGGUGUUUGAGGACUCUUUGUUUGAGGAGUGUUACUUUGAGGACAUCACCUCAAGUAACACCUUCUUCAAAAACUGCACCUUCAUCGCCACCCUCUUUUACAACACAGAUCUGUUCAAGUACAGGCUGAUCAACUGCAAGCUGAUCAACAGCACCUUCCUGCACAACAAAGAGGGCUGCCUGCUGAGCGACAUCAGUGAUGAGAACAACGCCUACAUGGUGUACUUUGUCAGCUUCCUGGGCACCUUGGCUGUGUUGCCGGGCAACAUCGUCUCUGCACUGCUCAUGGACAAGAUUGGACGACUCAGGAUGCUGGCGGGAUCCAGCGUGAUUUCGUGCGUCAGCUGUUUCUUCCUGUCCUUUGGCAACAGCGAGUCGGCCAUGAUUGCGCUUCUCUGCCUGUUCGGAGGCAUCAGCAUCGCCUCCUGGAACGCCCUGGAUGUGCUGACCGUAGAGCUCUACCCGUCUGACAAGAGAACCACUGCCUUUGGCUUCCUCAAUGCGCUGUGCAAGCUAGCCGCCGUGCUGGGCAUCAGCAUCUUCACCUCCUUCGUGGGCAUCACCAAGGCUGUUCCCAUAAUGUUCGCCUCAGGGGCGCUGGCGGCCGGCAGCUUCCUGGCUCUCAAACUACCGGAAACGCGGGGUCAGGUGCUGCAAUAACCUUAGCAUACUGCUACUACUCGAAGGGGGGAGGUGAACCGGGGGUGGGGUGGGGCUGGCGAGUGUUUUGGAACAACAGCUUAAGAGUCCCCUGAAUUCCACCUUCAUUCACCUUUAUUCAUUUAGCAUUGAUUAUUUCAAAAAUGGUUCAUUUGUAUUGUCAAUUUAAAGCACAAUCAUGGUAUUGUAGAUCCCCUAACCCCCUGCCCCCUACAAUUGUGUUUUGGAGAGUUAUGCAUGUGCAAGUUUAUGUAUGUAUGUAAGUGUACGGCUACGUGGAACCUGUCCACUACUUUUUCUUGGUUUUAUUGCAGACAGCACAUUUAUUCUGUGCUUCUGCCAACAGAACACGUUAAUGUUUGGAGCAGGAUAAUCAAGAAGAUGUACAAAUUAAUGCGAGGCCUCAAUUCUUUCACCCCUUUUCCACUGCACGGUACUGGCUCGGCUCUACUCGUACAACUUUGAACGCGUCAGUCCGACGGAGACACACUAACAACGAGGACGAGGUGUGUCCUCUCAUAAGGAUACUGAAGCAAAGUAGAGACUUUGGAGCGUCAUAGCACAGCAACAGGGUAAGCUAGCUUUGUUAGCAUUGUUGGCAUUUGUAGGCGUGUAUCCUUCAAUGUUGCAUCAGCUCAACUAUUGUACGAUGACUGCAGCAACGUCCAAACACAGAAAUGAUCCAAAACAAGGACCCAUACAGGCGGAAAAAUUAGAUAUCGGAUCCUAUCUGGUAGUGUAAUGGUACAGCUGCUGCCUCUUAAGGCAGAGGGUGCAAAUAAAAAUCUACUUAGGGCCCCAAUUUGGCCAGGGGCAGCCCUGAUCAUUUUUGUGUUUGGAGCGCAUCCAGCGGUGGUUUACGUCGCCCAUAUAGCUACCUGGGUGUACCUGCAAGUAGAACGGUGCCGUUUAGUGGAAAAGUAUAUAGUUUGGGUGGUUGUUGUGCAGGCUGUUGUAAAGUAUGUAAGAGAUGACAGAGAUACUAAUAUAUACAACAAUAAUAAUAAUAAUAAUGACCUGUGUGAACUGAAUGUUGAUGUAAAUGUCAGCGUGCUUAUAGUGCAAUAUUGAACCCCCUGUGCAAUAUCCACUUUUCGCCAUUUUCGUCUUUACAGUCUGUUUUGGUCCCUCAUCUAAAACCCAAACUCUGCUUUGGGUUUUUAACGACAAACAGCGGCUACAAUUUCGAGGGAUCGUUAUGUGUACAUGUAGCUGGACACAACAGGAGAUUCACUGCCAAGGGCUGACAGUAACAGCACAGGGUAGGUCAAAUGGAAAAAACAAAAAGUAACAAAUGCAUUCCCUCUGAAUGAGCCGGCAAGCAUCAUUUUCAAUGUUCAUACCUGAAAAAACAAUCAUCACAAUGUCAGACAAAAAAAAAACUAUGUUGUCAGAUUAAAAAAAAUGUCUUUAAGUCCAAACUGCCAUUUUAUAGGAUAGCAGCCAUAGGUAGUAGCCACAGUUGACUAGCGAGGUAGCCCAUUGCACUAAAUGUACACGCGUACAUGCACAGCUGAUGAAUGCCUAGAUGGAUGCAGCCUUGCCUGGCAUUUAAAGGAAAAAAAAAGUCCACAAACUCUACCAAAACAUUUUCAAACACUGGACCUUUCCAGUCUUGUGAAACAGCUCUUCCAGGAUAAUGACUUGCCGGUUACAUUUUGGACCCCCCUCACCUGAAACCCAUGUUUCUAUGCGUGUACCAUGACUCCUCGCGUUAAUUCUUGCCAAAUAUUUUCUACGGCCUGAGUUUACACAUGACGCACCAUCGCAUCUGUUAUAGAUAUGAAAAUAUGUAAAUACAAAUAAUAGUAACAAUAGAGUAAUAAUAACCAGAUAUAUCUCUUUGGACCUUUUUAGUGCCGUCGUCCAACUUUUUAGGUUCAGAGUCAUGUGGCCUCUGACAAACAGGAAGUGGACAUCAAGAGGUUUUUUUCUCUUUAAAAAAAAAAGCACAUUAAAAGUGUACAAUGGAAGGCAAGGCUGUUUGUUGUCCUGCGUCACUUACAACAAGGUAACUGUCGUAAUACUAAAUGCUGUUAAAACAAAACAAAAAAAAGCAAACACUUGUCUGAGUGA